AUGACACAAGAGUGGAACGAUGAGGAUGAAGAGCUCAACUUUGUGAGAUUGUGUCAGGAGUUUGAAGGUUUGGUUCAAGGAGAGCUGAGAAGAGUCGAGGAGUUUGAUAUCUCUUCGAGCGAUGAAGUGGAAGAGAUCGAGGAAGAACCGACUGAUGGUUUGAUGGAGUGGUAUCAAGGAUGGUGGUUCUUGGAAACAGAAGUUGAAAGAAGUGUGAGAAUGGUUUCUGAAGGAGAUGAUGUGAGAAGAACAGCAAGAGAAGUGGAUGCAUGUGAGGUAGUGCUCGACAGUGGAGCUGACUGCCAUGUGUUGCCUAUGGAUUGGGCAGAAGAAGUCGGAGAAACUUCGAACUUUGAGUAUCAUCUGAAAGAUGCGCAAGGGAAAGUGAUCCCAACGCUGCCUGUGAGGCAGAAUGUGACGUUUGUUUUCACGAAGGAGUCUGGAAAGAAGUUGAAGAUCACUGACAGUGCUGUUUGCGGCAAUGUCACCCAACCUUUGUUUGCGGUAGGAAAGAUGUGGAAGCUAGGUUGGGGUACGGUGAAUGAAGAUGGAAGAUUGUGGUUGAAGAAAGGAAGUGUUCGGAUACCGAUAUACUUCAAAAGGAAUUCCUCAAUGGCGAGGAUGUGUAUACGGAGACUUGAAGGAGAAGAGAUGACAGUGCAGCCUGUGAGGCUGGAGCGAGAACUGAAGAAUGAGUUGAAGAGCAAAGAAGAUGAGGAUGGUUGGUUUGUGCUAAAUGACGGCACGCCUGCAAGGUUUGAUUGGUUUAUGGGGAAGACGUUUGACCCAACGGGAAAGAUGAAAAGAAGUGGAGAAAGAGUGUUGAAUGAAGUGGAUUGGAAGAGUAUGGAUUUCUUUGAGUGUACGGAGAUCUGGAAGGAUCGCGAAAGAGUGCAACUUGGGGCAAGUCCUCAAGCAAGGUUUGAGGUGAUGGUCACCUUGUUGGAAAAAGGAUUGAAGGAACCGAGCGACUAUGGGUUGCUCACGAAUUUGGAAGAGCUUGAAAGAGAACUGGCACAAGAAGGAGUGCCAAUGGAGGCAUAUCAGCCGGAGCUUUUGCAACUUUCGGUUGGAGCUCCAUGGGAUCAUCAGCUGAAGGCUUUGAGGUUUAAGAAGAAAAGAAUUGUGCCUAUUGAUGAUGGGCCAGGACUGCCAAGAUUGGCGGUGGAAGCUGAUAAAAGAGUGGAAGAAGAAAAGAGAAGCGAGCCUUCGCCGCCGAGCGACCGCCAAGGAAGCUCAAGUUCUUCUAGCAAGAGUUCGUCGCUAUCUGGAGCAACGCCAGAAGCAAUGGACGACGAGAGCGAUGACGAUGACGAUGAUCCAGGAGAAGUGAGAACAAAGAGAAAAGCAGAAGAUGAAUUGGUGCCCGAUGAAAUGACGUUGGAAGAGUUUCAAAGAGAAGUUGCAAAGAGGAAUGCAGAAGAAGAAGGAGAAGGUUCACCAAAGAAAGAACCAAGAGUAGACGAAGGAACUGGAGAGGUAGAAGAAAGAGUUGAAAAGGUGCCGAGACUUGGAGACGAAGCACGAGGAAGCGCGGCACGAGUGGAAUACCACAUUCGGAGAUUCGCCAAGAGCGAAGAUCCCGAAGAGCAUGGAGAUGAGUAUGUUGAUCUCGACGAGACACAGUUGUUUCUGGAAGAAAGUCGAGAGUUCCAGAGCAAGUGGAACGAGAAGGUGUGUGAGACAGAAGAGGACCUAACGGCCUUUCGCAUGCACAGCAACCUCGUCAGCUACCUGAAGCCUUUGACAAUGACACCGCGGCGUCCUCGCAAAUCCAAGAAGGUGGAUGCUUCUAAUGCCGCCGAGCAGAAGCCGACCCCGGCCAAGAAGACCGAUGCACGUUUGCUUCUGGACAGUGCAUCGUUAUGCUUGCUGUUUGAGCCCACUGCACUCGUCGCUGCUGCAGAUGGGUCUUCCGAAGUUCAGGACGGGGCGGUCCCAGUGGACUCGGAAGACAAGCUUGAGGCAGAGCAUCCAGGUGCCAAGAGUGGCUGGCUGAAGCGAGUGCAAAAACUGCUGCACAAUGCUGCGCCAGUGAAAGUUGAUGAGCAGCGGCCGGGGCCAGCUUCCGAAAAGCCUGAGAGUCAUUGGGUUCACGUCGGGUACAUGAACCACAGAUCUUAUGUUUUGUCGUGGGUUCCGCUCCUGCCCGAUGGAUCGCAUCCUCAAAGGAACAACGAUGCCUUGAAGAACCUGCGUGUGCCCGAGGAAGCGAAGUGUUACCGGAGCUUUGAGUUCUUCCAAGAUCGGGUGGAUUCUUCGAUUGCGUGGACUUGCACUAUCUACAAAGUGUAUGCAUCAACUUCCCCGCCGGAACAUGUAGUUCCCAGUGAGGCUCGGCCGAGCAUGCUUAGUGUGAUCCGGUACGCUGAUGUGCCUCGGUUGGAUUUCUGGAAAGGCUCCGCUGCAGAAGAUGAGGCUCGGAAGCGUCCUUCAACGGGGCACGGCAAGGGUCCGGGCGGGCCCGGACCGCCUGGCGGGACUCGAAAACGCAAGGCCGAGGGCCCGCUGGAUCCUGCAGACGUACAUGAGGGUCAGCAGGGCAAGAGCGAGGGCCAUGUGCCAAAUGAUGACAUGGCCUUGCUUUCGGCAUUACAAAACGAGGAAAAAGGAGAUGGUGAAUCUUCUGUGGAUGGAGGAAAGGAGCUUGAUGACUUGGAAGAUCACCAGGACAUUGUCGAAGGCCAGGCCGAUGAAGAAGAGCUUGCUCCAGACCUGUCAUUGGAUGCUGAAGCUGUUGAGGGCGAUCAGGAGGAGGAGUUCGACUUGGAAGCAUGCCAGGCGGAAGAAGGCGAUGAUGAGGCUGUGGAUCCUGGCCACUCCCACUUUCGAGACGAACUGAUGCAGAGGCUACGGAGACUGACAGCCGACGACGUCGAUUCUGAUUCUGAUGCAGGCAGAAACAGGCCCGCGGCUGCACACGCAGCAGGUGCAGCCGACCAUCAUGAUGACGACGACGAUGGUGGAGGAGUUGGUGACGUGAUCUACUACCCGCCGGGCUCAGCGGACGCUGAACAGGAUGUCGCAGGUCCUGCGAACCCACUCCCUGCCGAGCCUGUUGAUGCUGAGCAAGAUGCGGAAGCUGAUCACGAAGCCGAAGCCCGUGUCCUACGAGCCGUGCCUGUAGGAGGUGACAGGAUUCGUAUUGCCAGGAAAGGCUUCUUGGUGCAUUACCCCGCGGAUGCGGUGUGUCUGAAGCACAAAGACUGCAGGAAAAAAAGAACGUUGCUCGCGGGCCGCAGAGGCGGCCAGGGGAGGUGCCUAGGUUUUUUGAUGGCGUGGUUGAAUGCAUCUGCAGACUACGAUUCUCAACAAUCCCACGUGAAUGCUUUCACGACCACUCUGCAAGCACGAAGAGAAGGCCGAGCGGAGUUCAUGCGUCUCCCCAAUGCUGCCGACUGGGCCGCCAAGGAGCAAGGUCACAGAGCUGAGGGAGACACAGACGAACCAACGCGGUUUGUGUGA